GGACCGGAAGUGUCUUGGUUUCAUCACCUCACGUCGUUACAUCUGGCGGUAUAUAAAAGUUGUUUCCCAUAACCCGUAUUCAGUAGUGGCAGGCAUGACAAACACUUAGGGGUGUUAAUAAAUUGAUGGCAUUGCAGGCACUCCUAUUGAAGACAUUUCACCGUUCCCCACUAACUUUUAAGCCAGUGGUAACUAUUGUGGUUGCAAACUCACUUUGCACGAAACAGAUCCAGGCAAAUUGGAAAAGGUCAAAGAUGACUAGUAAGAGAGUCCAGCCUCCAUGGAAAGUCCCUGAGGGUACUGAUGAUGUAAAGCUCAAGUUCUACAACAGCCUGACUCGUCAAAAGGAGGUGUUUGUGCCCCAGAAUGGCCGCCGUGUCUUGUGGUACAGCUGUGGUCCUACCGUGUAUGAUGCCUCCCAUAUGGGUCAUGCCAGGUCGUACAUUUCCUUCGACAUCCUGCGGCGGGUGAUGCAGGACUACUUUAACUACGAUGUUUUGUACUGUAUGAACAUCACUGAUGUCGACGACAAGAUUAUCAGACGGGCACGACAGAACUAUCUUUGGCAAAACUAUAUGGGGGAAAGUCAUCCAUGGAAAAAGGUCAUGGACGAUACUCUGCUGGCCAUGAAGCCGUUCUCCGUAAAGUUGACCAAAGAAGCAGAUCUGGACAAGAAAGCUAUGUACGAGCGACAAAAAGCCAAGGUUGACGCAGCUGUGAACAACUUGGAGUCGGUGAUGAAUAACCAAUCAAAAGACGAGGCAGCCAUUCAGGCCGCACGGGAGAAUCUGUUGGAGUCCUCAAAGGACAUUAUCAGUGAUUGGUUGGACCAAAAUCAUGGGUCAGAGGUCACAGACAACUCCAUCUUUUUAAGUCUACCCAAAUACUGGGAGGAAGACUACCACAAGGACAUGGAAUCUCUUAAUGUACUACCAGCCGACGUCCUGACAAGGGUCACAGAGUACAUACCUGAGGUCAUUGAUUAUGUCCAGAAGAUCAUUGACAAUAAUUAUGCAUAUGAAGCCAAUGGUUCUGUGUACUUCAGGACAUCUGAAUUCUCAGAAUCAGAUGGACAUUUCUACGGCAAGUUAGUACCAGAGGCUGUCGGUGAUGCCAAUGCUCUGAAUGAAGGGGAAGGUGAACUUAGUGUCUCUGAAUCUCAGCUCGGACAGAAGAAAAACCAGAGUGACUUUGCUCUAUGGAAAGCUUCAAAACCAGGUGAACCAUCGUGGGAUUCUCCCUGGGGAAAGGGACGCCCUGGCUGGCACAUUGAAUGUUCCGUAAUGGCAAGUUGCAUUCUGGGAGAAUCCUUGGAUAUCCACACUGGAGGAUUUGAUCUCAAGUUCCCUCACCAUGACAAUGAGUUGGCCCAGGCUGAGGCCUACUACGAAAACGACAACUGGGUCCGCUACUUCCUCCACACAGGACAUCUGACCAUCGACAACUGCAAAAUGUCCAAGUCACUCAAGAACUUCAUUUCCAUAAAGGAAGCUCUUAAGAAACACACAUCUCAACAGCUGCGUCUGCUCUUCCUUCUCCACGCCUGGAAGGAUACUCUCGACUACGGUGAUAACAGCAUGGAGGUCGCUCUCAAGUACGAAAAGAAUGUCAAUGAAUUUUUCCUCACUGUUAAAGACGUUCUGAGAUUGACCCCUAGCACUGGCGUAGCAGCCUUUGAAAAGUGGACCGAAGACGAAGUAGCGAUGAAUGAAACCUAUCUGGCCAUGAGACGAGAUGUGCAUGCAGCUUUGUGUGAUUCCAUCAACACCCGUCAGACUUUAGAAGUGAUGAGAGAAGCCAUAUCUGCCUGUAAUAUCUACAUCACCAAGUGUAAGGUGGAUAAACGCUUCCCCAAUCGUAUGCUGCUGAAAAACAUGGCUACCUACAUCACUAACAUGCUGAAGAUUUAUGGUGCAAUAGAGACCGAGACUGUGAUUGGAUUCCCCCAGGGUGGAACUGGUGGUACUGAUUUGGAAGGGACAGUGAUGCCAUAUCUCCAAGCAUUUGCCCAGUUCCGUGACGAUGUGAGGAAAGUUUCUCGGGAACAGAAAGUGGUUGACAUCCUGAAGAUUUGUGACCAGGUUCGUGACGAUACUCUGCCAAAUCUCGGAGUUCGUCUAGAGGACCAUGAAGAUAGACCUACUGCCAUUAAAUUGGUCGAUCGGGAAACUCUCAUGAAAGAGAGGGAGGAAAAGCUCAAGCAACAAGAACUGAAACGAAAAGAAAAGGAACGAAAGAAGAGAGAACUUGAAGCAGCUAAGGAGGCUAAGGAAGCACAGGCACGAAUUCCUCCUUCUGAACUCUUCAAGAAGGAGACCGAUAAAUACUCUAAAUUUGAUGACAAGGGAAUUCCAACCCAUGAUGCUGAGGGAAAAGAGCUCGCUAAAUCAGCCCUUAAAAAACUCACCAAGAUGUAUGAAGCUCAGGAAAAGACAUACAGCAAGUACCUGAAGAGUCAGCAGGGAGGGGCCAGUGGGGAGUCUUAAUCAAUGAAAUCUUGAGAAGAUUUGAUAGACAUAAUUGUUGUGACUGUAUCGUGUAGCUUAUAUCUGUCAUUAAACUUUUACACAGCUUGAAAUGCAUGUCAUUUCAAAAAAGGAAUUUCUGAAUAUUUCUGAAUUGUGCACUUAAUAACUGACUUUUGAUCUGACCACAGGAAUCAUCAUUGUUGUGUUAUAAGUGGUUGUCACCUUGUGUACCACUUACCAAUAUUUCCUGGACAUGUAAUGCCCCAAAUCAAUGUUUCAUGUUGUGACAUUAUCAUAUGUAGUAUGUAGUAUUUUUAAUUGGUAAUGGUUUAUGUCCCUAAAGCUUACUCCCAGGAAUUUUAUUCCACUGUGAUGGUAGAUAGAAUUAUUAAUCCAUUAGAUAUCUUUCUGAGAUCAAUAAAUCACAAAUUAUGAAGGUAAGGUAAAUUUAAAUGGUCCUUAUUCAUAUAAGUAGGCUCCUAAGACUGUCACAUCCCAGAUCCUUGGACGUAAUACAAUCGAAGACAGUUGAGUCCCAGCUACUCGGACAUAAGACAAUCUACAUUAUUUAAAGAUAAACUCACUAAUCUUCAUCGCUUGCCAUUUCUGCAAGAGUUACCAUCCUGAGACAUCGCAGUUUGAUUUUGAAUCCCUAUCACUCGAGUAUUUUGCUUCUACAGGGUACAAAAUCACUCUGUACUGUAAAAAUGUAUUGUAACUGUCAGUCAGCAGGUGAUUUGUUAACUACCACCAGAGGUAGAUGAUUAAACGUGGAAUUAAAUAUUCUUAAGUGAUUGUCACAUUUACAGUGUUUUGCCAGUGUCUCUGUGGAUCUGAGGACUGAUAGGGAAUGAUUUACCUAUGUCUGUGUAUACCUGUUGUAAUGCUCUGUGUCGAUCGUUCGUGUAUUGUGUAAUCACAAGGAGGAUUAGAUGUGUAUGUUUCAAGCUUGUCUGUCAAUUCUGCUGUAUUUAAAAAUCUCCACUAGUAAAUACGAUCCACAUGUUUAUGGUGCCUAGUAAAUACGAUACACACGCUUUGUACGUAUGUUGUCUAGUAAAUACGAUCCACAUGCUCUGUACGUAUGGUGCCUAGUAAAUACGAUACACACGCUUUGUACGUAUGGUGCCUAGUAAACACGAUACACACACUUUGUACGUAUGUUGUCUAGUAAAUACGAUCCACAUGCUUUGUACGUAUGGUGUCUAGUAAAUACGAUCCACAUGCUUUGUACGUAUGGUGUCUAGUAAAUACGAUCCACAUGCUUUGUACGUAUGGUGACUAGUAAAUAUGAGACACAAGCUUUGUACAUAUGGUGCCUAGUAAAUACGAUACACACGCUUUGUACGUAUGGUGCCUAGUAAAUACGAUCCACACACUUUGUACGUAUGGUGCCUAGUAAACACGAUACACACACUUUGUACAUAUGGUGCCUAGUAAAUACGAUCCACAUGCUUUGUGCGUAUGGUGCCUAGUAAAUACGAUCCACAUGCUUUGUGCGUAUGGUGCCAAUGUCUCAGGAUUAUUUAUAGAAAGUUGAAGUGGAUUUCCUCUCAUUGACUUCAAUUCAAUCCAACUUUAUUUUGUUCUUAUUGGAUAAUUGACUUAGACCCUGUUCUCAAUGUUUUUGUCAUUAUUAUUUAUUUGUUGACAUUUUAUUAAAAAUAAUGCAAAAUAUUACGAAUCCUCUGUAGAAGAGUACAUGUAUUAUCAAUUACAGAGACUAAGAUUGUCUGACCUCAACAACACUUUUACAAUCUACACAAUUAUCUUUAAUUUUGUUUGUACAUUUUUUAUGUAUGACUGUUCACUUUAAAUGACUAUAUAAUAGGAGACCAUUAUGUGGUAGAGCACUACAGGAUGUGUUAACAGUUUAAAGACACAAUGUUGGUUGUGAUAUAAAGGACCAAGACAGCCCCCAGUAAAUUGUACUGGAUGUAUUACGCAACAGACUGUGGAGUACACAAUCUUAGAAACAGAUAAUUUCGAGUGUUUUCUCUCGGAGCAAUUCCUACAAGAUUUGGUUGGAGGCAAGGGGAUGUUUAGGAAUGAUAUAAUGUAAAAAGUGUCCAAGGUUUAUUGUCAGGCCUUACAAUAACCCAGCAUCAUCUAGUGCCUUCCUUAAACCCACAUUAGAACUCCGCGGACAGGUAAGGUUAUUUCCCAUCAAUAACUUUAAGAGAAUUUGUAAAACCCAAAAUUUCUACUGUCUGUAUACACCCAAAGGUCCAACUCAAGACAAAGAUUAAAUCUUUAGAAUGUUUCAACUAGUCUGAAGUGUUUAUCCUAUAAUCAUGUGAAGAAUCCUGCUUAAAUUAGUGAAAGUUACCUACAGUUACGGGUGUGACGCCUAAGGUAAACAGCUAUUUAUACCAUAUCUUAAAAACUCUAAUCUGAUUGACCUAGAUCAUUAUGGUCAGGAAACAACACGUACAAGCCCAAAUCAACUGAUUAAUUUACUGAUAUAGAUAUUUAGAUCUACAUUGUUUACUAUUAUAACAACUUACAUCAAAUUAUUAACUGUUUUUCAAUUGAUAUCCACCUUUUUUUUUCUUUUUUUUUUAAAAUUAAUAUUUUGUAAAAUUAUACUAAAAAAAAUUUUUUUUAUAGUUUUUGCUUAAUAAUGAUGCCAAGGUAUUGUCUUAGUGUUGAUAAUAUGUAUCUUUUUAAAAACAACAAAGGUUACAUACACAAUAGAAAAAUCAUAAUUCACAAUUCACAAUUCAUAGAGUGAUUAAACCAGGGCAAACUAUAAACAAAAAUUACAAUUUGUAUGGAGACUCCUGUAAAAGUACAAGGAGAAUAAGACCAGGUGUUUCAGGGGAGUGACCGUCUUCUGUUUCAUUGAGAACACCCACCAGAUAAAAUAAUAGAUAAAAUGUUUCAUGAACAUUACAGACACUGAUUGUAGUCUUAUACAACAUGUAUGUAUAACCGGUUAUAUUGACUGUUUUUUCUAUCAGUUAAUUCAAUUGAAGGCAUCAAAUUACCUAUACUGAUAACAGUUCCAGCAUUUGAAGUUACUAAAUGCAUGCAUGUCUAUGCCAGAUUUUUUCCAUUGACAAAUUUAAAUAAAAAAGUGAUGGCAACCUG